UGCGACAUGAUUAUGACAAUACAGAAUCUACUAUCUAAGCAUGGGUGCAAAGGGUAUUAUUUUAGCUGUUGAGGCAGGUAUUUGUGCUGCUAUGGCUUCUGUUUCAGCGAAGCUUGCAGUAAGUUCAAGUUCAGCAAGGGAAUUGGCAGCGCUGGUUUGCUAUUCAGUAAAAAAUAUUUUUGAGCACCAAGUUGAAGUUCUUUCAUUGUAUGAGGUAAUGUUAACAGUUAGAUUAAUCAGUGUCUUGGGAAUUUUUGUUUUCAAUGCAUUAAUGUGGGUCCUAUUUACCAAAUCAAUGCACCAGUGCUCUUCUACCCUUGAGGCAACUACUUUCAACUUGUCUUCCAAUUUUAUUUCCACGGCCAUUGUUGGUAAUUUACUCUUUGGAGAGAAUUUAAACUCAGUCUGGUUUGUAGGAUCACUGUUCAUUAUUGUUGGAUUGACAAUUGUACACAGGUCAUCUGAUGACAUCACUUCUACAAAGAGUCAACAAUGUAUAGAGAAAGAACAGAGGGAUAAAACUAAAACUUUGUAGUUGGGAACAGGAAGUGCAGUCAGAAGGGAGAGAACUCUAAUGUUUUAUUUAAAAUGGUUGUUUUUAUCAUGUUGGCAAUAUGCAAAUAACAUCAUGGCCUCAGCAACAGCUAUUGUGUCCCAGCCACAUUCCAGAAAAUUCAUGAAGAAUAAAAAAUAAAAUUGGGGA